GCCCCUCCCCGUCGGCUCGCUCACACAGGAGGCGCGGGGGGGGCCCGCGCGGGGCGCCUCGCGUGCCGCCCCCCCGCCCCCCAACGGUCGCGGUCUCGGAGGCCCGGGGCAGAGCCGAGGGGCCGGCCGGCUGGCCGGGCGGGCGGGCAUGCAGCCGCCGCCGGAGCCGAGCCCCCAGCGCAGCACGAAAAUGCCUGAAGCCUCAGAAGACCGUAAUCAUUGGAAGGGCUGUUGACUUCCAUUCUUUGGUAAUCUUGAACAUCAUCGAUCUGGCAUGGCGCAGGGCAGUCAACAACUUGACGUGCAGGUACUCCAUGAUCUCCGACAACGUUUCCCUGAGAUACCUGAAGGGGUGGUGUCUCAGUGCAUGCUUCAGAACAACAACAACCUAGAUGCCUGUUGUCGAGCCCUUGCACAGGAGAGCAACAAAUACUUGUAUAUGGAGUACCAUAGCCCUGAUGACACCAGAAUGAAUAGGAAUAGCCUUUUGCACAUUAAUCUGGGUAUUCAUCCUCAUACCAGCUAUCAUGCAGGGGAUGGAGCUCAACUUAAUGGUGGUCGUACACUGGUACACAGUUCAAGUGAUGGACAUAUUGAUCCACAACGCACAGCAGGUAAACAGCUGAUAUGCUUAGUUCAAGAACCACAUUCUGCUCCCGCUGUUGUGGCAGCUUCUCCUAGUUACAAUCCAUUUUUCAUGAAUGACCAGAAUAGAAAUGCAGCUACUCCUCCUCCACAGCCACCUCCUCAGCCAUCUUCCAUACAACCAGGAAUGAACACAUCUGCUAUGCAAGGCCCUCCUCCCACGUAUAUGCACAUACCUCGGUACAGUACAAAUCCCAUUACUGUUACAGUAUCACAAAACCUCCCCUCUGGACAGAGUGUACCCAGAGCUCUACAAAUUCUUCCACAGAUUCCAAGCAAUCUUUAUGGGACUCCUGGCUCUAUUUAUAUAAGACAAACAUCUCAAAGUUCUUCAGGACGACAGACUCCUCAAAAUACGCAGUGGCAUUCAUCACCACAGGGCCCAGUUCCACAUUAUACUCCCCGUCCUCUACCUGUGUAUCCACAUCAGCAGAACUACCAACCUUCUCAGUAUUCUCCUAAACAAGCUCAGAUCCCUCAGUCAGCUUUUCGAUCACCACCGGCAUCCCAGUGUCCCUCUCCCUUUGGUUCUCCUCAACACCAAGUUCAGCCACCUCAGUUGAGUCAUCAGAGUUCACAUGUUUUCAUGCCUCCUAGUCCUUCAACUGUCCCACCCCAUCCAUAUCAGCAAGCAUCCCAGACUUUUCAAAAACAAGGCGGUCACUCUGUAUCGUAUCUUCCUCCUUUUGCUGGACCUAGUUUAUCCAAAGGUUCCAUGAAUAAAAUAGAAAUUACAGUUGAGCCCCCACAAAGACCUGGGACUGCAAUGAACAGAAGUCCUUCGCCAAUAAGUAAUCAACCAUCUCAACGAAACCAGCACCCACUGUAUACAGCCACUACUCCUCCUUCAAGCUCUCCAUCAAGAGGUAUGUCAGGUCAACCCAAACCUCCAUUUAGCGUUAAUCCAGUAUAUAUUACCUACACUCAACCAACCGGACCUACAGGUGCACCAACACAGUCUCCUCGGGUAAUGGUAUCUCAGCCAAACCCAACCAUUUUUAAAAUCACAGUAGGGCGAGCACCGACUGAGAAUCUUUUAAAUUUAGUGGACCAAGAAGAGCGUUCUGCAGCACCAGAACCUAUUCAGCCUAUUUCUGUAAUGCCAGGAUCUGGAGGAGAGAAAGGAAGCCAUAAGUAUCAGAGAAGUUCUAGUUCUGGAUCAGACGACUAUGCUUACACUCAAGCCUUGCUGUUACAUCAGCGAGCAAGGAUGGAGAGAUUAGCAAAGGAACUGAAGCUUGAGAAAGAAGAGCUUGAACGCUUGAAAGCUGAAGUCAAUGGUAUGGAGCAUGACCUAAUGCAGAGGCGGCUUCGAAGAGUUAGCUGUACAACUGCAAUUCCAACACCUGAGGAAAUGACCAGAUUGAGAAGCCUCAACAGACAGCUCCAGAUAAACGUUGACUGUACACUGAAAGAAGUUGAUCUCCUUCAAUCUAGAGGGAACUUUGAUCCGAAAGCCACAUGUAACUUCUAUGAUAACAUAGAGCCUGGUCCUGUUGUGCCACCAAAGCCAUAUAAAAAGGAACAUCAAAACAGCUCCAAACAGACUCCACGGACUCAGCCAAGAGAUGAAGACUUUGAAGGGGCUCCAUGGAAUUGUGAUAGCUGCACCUUUCUAAAUCACCCAGCACUAAAUCGCUGUGAGCAGUGUGAAAUGCCACGAUACACUUGAAAAGCAGGCAGGGGCUGGCACUGGGUUUAAAACAGGCUCUCAAGCCGACAGCUGUAGGAGAAGGAAACAUGGGGAACCUUUCAGUCCAUCUGCCCGGCCUUUGCAAGUCAACAAUCUUCAUAUUGCAAGGGUGGGAGUAAUGUUUCUGCUUGUGCUACACUAUAAAAGAUAAAUUAAGGGUGAAAUUCUUUCAUGUCCCAUUACAGUGAGCAAAGCAGAAAACGAAACCUGAACACGUAAAAGGAUUAAUUUUGGGAAGAAUGUGAUACAAGAAAGCAAAUAACUACUGGUGUUUAGUCCUGUGGUUCUAGUUACUGCUUAGUGGCUCUAAAGGAGAAAAAUCAAAGAAAGGAAACAAAACCCAACAAACCACACACAAUAAAGAAAAAAAAACUUCUUGUUUUUUUUUUUUUUUAAAUAAAAUUCUAGGACUCUUAGUAAUGGUGUGAAAUGUUACACUGAACCAUAAAAACUGAAGAGCCAGAGCUGACUUAUCCUGGCCACAGCUAGCUGGAAAACAAAGGCUCCCUGUGCUUCUAGAUUGUAAGCUACUGAAACAGAAGACAGGUAAAUGCAACGAUAAAAUUUGCAAUGCAUUAAAAAAACAAACCACAAAACAAGCAAACAAACCAACCAACAACAAGGAGAAGAGUAUUUGUAAUUGCUGCUUUUUUUCAGGGUAACUUAUGUCUACAAAAAACCUGCUGUUUGAAAUAGUAACCUAAGGUGACUAAAUGAGAUACAGGAUGAGUGUUACCGAGAGCUUAAUCAGAGGUGAAUCUUUACAAUCCCUUUUGCUUGUACAGUGCUCACCUGGCUGUGUCAACAAUGGUAAUAAACUAAGAAUGAAUUCUACCAUGCUGCUGCAUGCUUUCACUAGGCCAUUGUGUUUCAAAGCUAAAAGUAUGCUUCCGUAUGCACCAGUCUCCUGAGCCUGUGCCCUGGAGCAGCACGGUGACGUAUGCCAAACAGACUAAUCCAAAUUUGGUUUGGAAGGCUUGAGCUCAGCCAUGGUUGCGUAGGAGAAGAUUUUGUACCCAGUUCCUUAGGCCUUUUCAGCUUCCAAUUUUUGAAGAAUUCCUUAUGUUUACAGCACAGAAGGUACUUUGUGCCCCAGUUGAAAGUUAGCUGAAAAAGAAUCAAUCAAUUAGCUCUUCAGUAAAGGUUUAUUUGCACAUUGUAAAUAAACCAGCCUGUACAAAACAGCAGAUGCCAGAUUUUGAGGAAUUACACACUGCAUUUUUUUAUUUAGGUUUUUUUCCAGUCAGGAAAUACUUGCCAUAGGUGGAAGAACACAAGACUUGCAACUGAAAAAUCAUACUGGUACUUCCAUGCAUAUGAUAUACUGUAUUAUAAAGGUGAUGUUCAAUUUGUUUGAAUGCUUCAGGUUGCUGUAAUAAAGCACUCAAUACUUGUGAAAUCAAACUUGGAUUUGGGCAGCUGAAUGCUUAUGUUACACAACUGUGCGACUGAACAGGAUGUUCUUGUGUACUGGCCAAGCUGGUACAGUGCAUUUGAGGUUUGAUAUUAUAGCAUGUGUCGAGAUUCAGAGACACAGCCUGAAUUCAGAAGCACAUCAGCUGAGUUAUGGUAAUUGACUUUGCAACUGUGAGGCAACAUGUGCUAGCUGAACCUCACCAGAAGAGGUUGAAACUACUUCAUUGGAAAUUGUUCAUAGCUCAUGGCAGCCACAUCCAUAUGGUCAAUUUCCACAGUUCCUUUGAUGUGUGGUAAUGCGUUAAGCUGUGGUAGCACAAUCAUGUGUCUGAAUCCUCAUUUCCAAUCAAGCAGCAUUUUUAAGGGGUGGGUGGUGGAAAACUCAUCUUGGCUGCGUUGCUGGUGUCCGCUCCCUGCAAUUUAGAAGGAUAACAGUAAAAGAAAAAAAAACAACCACCAACAAACCAACCCAGUGAUCUCAGAUGAGGAACCAAUGCCUGAUUUGGCAUUUUUCAAUAUGUUCUUGCACUAAUUACAUUUUCAGUACAAUUUUAAUUAAGGUAGGAGAUCUCCAGCAAUCAGUGUGCACCACCAAUGAGCAAAAUAGUCAAAAGUGUCAAAGGCAACAAAGCUCCUUCCCCUUCCCCUUUCCCUUCCCUUUUCCUUUCCCC